UGUCGCAGUUGUCUUAUCGUUGUCGCGCCACCGCACGCGCAGUUUCAUCCACGCGCACGAACACUGCCGUCCGUCGUUGCCCUCCCCGCACGCCGUUCGGAUAACGAUUCUAAUUUACCCCUUUUCCGCCGCAACCUAUCCCAAAACCGUUUUCUUGACAAUAAUUUAAAGUAUAAAAAUAUUAUUAUUAGUAUUAUUACUAUAAUAUAAAUAUCGCGGAUUCGGUCGUUCCAUUUUACAGCCGCGCAAUAAUAGCGUUUAUAAUAGUACUAUCAUCAUCGUCGCCACCACCACCGCCAUCGCCGCCGCCUCAUCCGUUAGCGCCCCAACGCCGACGGCACCACCUCCAUCGUUGCCGCGAUCGUCGUUCGAUCGACGACAGAUUCGUGCGGACGGUACACACACGCACACGUACACGCGUGCGCACACGCGUGCGACACACACGCGCACGCGCGCGCGCACACAAGCUCGCGGACGCGUAACCACGCACGCACGAGCUCACACGCACCUGACGCCGAGCACCACACGCCACUCGCACACGCACGUUACAUCAAAGCGGUCGUCGACGGUCGCCGCGCGAUAUCCGACUCAGUCGACGGACGCAGUUUGCACCGGUACCAUCUCAUUGCCGCUGUGGUUAUCCAUCGUCUUGAGAACCAACCCCGUCGGUGUAACACGCGGCCGAACCAUGUCCGUCGUCCACCAGUCCUACACCGCAGCCACCGCCACCACCACGUUUCGAUGCGUUUUGUUUACUGCAGCAAUUGUGAUGUUUAAUCAUAUUCUCGUCGCUCCAAUAAAUGCCUUACAAAUAUAUGAACAAAAUAACAUAAAACGACAGUAUCCAAUUACUACAUUUCAAAAAGUGAAACGUUUACCGGGUGAAAGCUCACUAGAUCCCGUGUCGAAUGCAGACGAUGAAAUUCAAAGGUCGAUCCGGAAAAGCGCUGUUUUGUAUAACAAAGUUGACUUGACAACAACAACUCAAUCGAAUAUUGUUGCGUCACUUUUCCGACUAAACGAAGAAGAAGGUAAUACGUGUAUUCUGUUAAGGGUAGAUGCUGUCAUAGAAGUAAAGUUCAAAACUAAACUAGGUUCUGAAGACCAAACUGAUCUCUAUGUUCCUGACGACGCAGAAGUAACUGGCGAUUGCAGCAAUGAAGAUGAUGCAACAUUAGUACUCAAAUGGAAAAAUUUCGUCUUUACUUGGUACUUCACAAAGACUCUUGGAGGAGAAAGAUGGUUUGUAAAGGCAUUGGAACUCGAGAUAAAUACAGCUGAUAAACAUUUUGAUCAUAUUAAAACUAAAGAUAAAAUAGUACGCUUGUCAACAGUAUCCAGUUAUGGUACACUGCUGUUCAUGACACCAGUUGGACAGUCAUAUUCGUGUCAAAAAGAAAUUAGCGUGGUAUUGAGUGAUCAAAACGUACCUACGAUGAAAGGAUACGUAUUACUCAGAGCAUUUACUGUACAGCCCUUUAUAUUCAAAAACAAUGAAUUUGGACCAGCUUACCAGUGUUCGUCGAUUGGUGCUGGCGCCAUGCGAAACGAAACUGUACCUUUCAUAUUCGGAAUCACUUUAGCGGCCGUCGCCAUACUAACAGUUGGCGGGUAUGCGGUGUUCAGACAUUUCAAAAUCAAGAAAGUCCAGUACGACACUAUGGAAUAAAUAACAUGAAGCAUGAGAACUCUAGAUACGCUGAACUGCUGUACAACUGGGAUUUCGUUUUAAUUAUAUCGUUUUUCAAUUGUUUUGAUCAAACAGCAAUAGUCGCAUAGACGACGUUUUAAUUUUAUGAUAUAGUUUAUAUAAUGAUAUGAUUAGGUUAUUAUUCGAUACUGCAAUGACACAUUUUGUGUACAUUUUUUUCUGUUUAGACUUUUUGUACUUCGAUAUUUAAAAGAACAUUCGACGUACAACUUUAUUUUAAGUGUAAAUUUCAGGUACAUAUUUGAUAAUUAUUAUAACGACCUAAUCAUCGUUAUUACAAAAUCGACUAAUUUCAAACAUAUUUAUUUUUUUUUUCAUAAGCCCUCAUAACCAUUUACCUGA